CGCCGCUCCCCGGGGGCGUCUCCCGGCGGCCCCCGCCGCGGCCCGCUCGCACAUGAAGAUGUACGUGCAAAGGGCCCUGGUGCUGCUCUGCCUGCUGAGCUUCGCCACCGUGAGCCUCUCGCUGUCCUCCUGCACCACCUUGGACCUCGACCACAUCAAGAAGAAGAGGGUGGAAGCCAUUCGGGGGCAGAUCUUGAGCAAGCUGCGCCUCACCAGCCCCCCGGAGACCGUGGGGCCGGCCCAUGUGCCCUACCAGAUCCUGGCGCUCUAUAACAGCACCCGGGAGCUGCUGGAGGAGAUGGAGGAGGAGAAGGAGGAGAGCUGCUCCCAGGACAACACCGAGUCCGAGUACUAUGCCAAGGAGAUCCAUAAAUUUGACAUGAUCCAGGGCCUCCCGGAACACAAUGAGUUGGGCAUUUGCCCAAAAGGUGUCACCUCCAAUGUGUUCCGUUUUAACGUGUCCUCAGCAGAGAAGAAUAGCACCAACCUGUUCCGGGCUGAAUUUCGGGUGCUGCGUGUGCCCAACCCAAGCUCCAAACGCAGUGAGCAGCGCAUUGAGCUCUUCCAGAUCCUUCGGCCGGAUGAGCACAUAGCGAAGCAGCGCUACAUCAGCGGCAGGAACGUGCAGACACGGGGCUCCCCGGAGUGGCUGUCCUUUGACGUCACCGAGACUGUGCGUGAGUGGCUCCUGCACAGAGAGUCCAACCUUGGCCUGGAAAUUAGUAUACACUGUCCUUGCCAUACUUUUCAGCCCAAUGGGGACAUCGUGGAGAAUUUGCAUGAGGUGUUGGAGAUCAAAUUCAAAGGCAUUGACAGUGAGGAUGACUAUGGCCGUGGGGACUUGGGGCGCCUGAAGAAGCAGAAAGACCUGCAUAAUCCCCACCUCAUUUUGAUGAUGUUGCCCCCGCAUCGGCUGGAGGGUCCAUCGUUGGGAGGCCAGAGAAAGAAACGAGCCCUGGAUACCAACUACUGCUUCCGGAACCUGGAGGAGAACUGCUGUGUGCGUCCUCUUUACAUCGACUUCCGACAGGAUCUGGGCUGGAAAUGGGUCCACGAGCCGAAGGGCUACUUUGCUAACUUUUGCUCAGGCCCUUGUCCGUACCUCCGCAGUGCAGACACGACUCACAGCACGGUGCUGGGCUUGUAUAACACGCUGAACCCUGAGGCGUCCGCUUCACCCUGCUGCGUCCCCCAGGACCUGGAGCCACUCACUAUCUUGUACUAUGUUGGGAGGACCCCCAAAGUGGAGCAGCUCUCCAACAUGGUGGUGAAAUCCUGCAAGUGCAGUUGAAAGGCACGCUGGGCCGCCCAAAGCCGAGAGAGACAGCGCCAGCGUCCACUCUCCUGCUCCAAGGCUAACAUAAAAGGAACUAGGGGGCCAGAGACUGCGCGUGCUGAGGCCCGAGCACCAAACUCUGUGGCUCAUGGUCUAGCAGCCUUGGGGAUCUCUUCUGGAACGUUUCUUGGUCUUGUUGGCGGUGUCACUUUCCCUCUGGGAGUUACUUUGGUGGCACAAAGGCCACACUCUCCAAAACAGAUGGAUAGUUGAUGUGGAAGAGAGUGGAGGAACUGCUGUGUGUUUGAAUGUGGAGGUAGCUGAUCUAGGAAAGUGGGAGAAUGGAAAAGCGCAGUUGAAAGGGGAAAGGGAAACUGGGUGAUGUUUCCUAGUCUAGCUUUAGCCAUUUGGGCUCUCAGCCCUCCCCACUGGCCUGAAGAAUUAAGAUUUUCCCUUCAGAAGAAAAUCCUGAAUGUUUUUUUAGAAAAAGAAAAUGCACCAAGAAGCGAAGCUGCUCAGAGAUGCACUCAGACUUUUGUUCCUCAGAGCUGUGAUCCAGGAGUCCUUCAACUAAAACAGUGUUUGUGCCAAACCUGCAAGUCUCUUUGGCAGAUCCUGGCUACCAUAUUCUGAAUGGAAAAUGCAGGAUUCCCAGCCAGGCUGGAAAGGGUGGGCAAAUAUGAGGAAAAAGGGUGUUGAAACCAUUUGCAGAAGGACCAAUGUCUCCUCCUUCAUUCAGCUCAUUUCCCUUCAUGGAGUUUCUCAGAGAUGGUUUCUGGGUCAGGGCAGGAGCAAUACCUGUGGGUACCUGAAUUUUGGGCCCAUUCAUUCUGAUGAUAGACCCUGAGGACCCUUUGUUGUGGUUUGUGAGGUGCUUUGGGGAGUUCUGCACCUAUUCUGCACAAUGACCUGAGCAUGGCCCAGGCCGCACCUGACAGGACUUCAAAAAUAUUAAUCUCAAAAACAUUGUAAAAAAU